CUCCCCUUCUCCUCACCGCGGCGGCGGUGGAGGUGGCGGCGGAGGAACGCGACAUACACCGGCCCCGCUCCCGCCCCAGCCGAAGCUGCAGCCGGCGCCAGGCCGGGGCCAUGGGCGCCCCGCGCCACCCGGGUCAUGAGGACGGAGGUGGAGGCAGCGGGGCCGCCGCUGGAGCCCGGGGACUUUGUGCAGCUGCCCGUGCCCAUCAUCCAGCAGCUCUACCACUGGGACUGCGGCCUGGCCUGCUCCAGGAUGGUGCUGCGGUACCUGGGCCAGCUGGACGACGGUGAGUUUGAGAGUGCCCUGCAGGAGCUGCGGCUGACCAGGAGCAUCUGGACCAUUGACCUGGCCUACCUGAUGCGCCACUUUGGUGUGAGGCACCGCUUUUGUACCCAGACCCUGGGUGUUGACAAGGGCUACAAAAACCAGUCCUUCUACAGGAAGCACUUUGACACAGAGGAGACUCGGGUGAACCACCUAUUCGCACAAGCCAAGGCCUGCAAGGUGCUGGUGGAGAAAUGCACGGUCAGCGUGCAGGACAUCCAGGCACACCUGGCACAGGGCAACGUGGCCAUUGUAUUGGUGAACUCGGGGGUGCUGCACUGCGACCUCUGCUCCAGCCCCGCCAAGUACUGCUGCUUUGCCCCCCGUGGCCACCGCUGCUUCUGCCGCACCCCCGACUACCAGGGCCACUUCAUCGUGUUGCGUGGUUACAACCGGGCCACUGGCUCCAUCUUCUACAACAAUCCAGCCUAUGCCGACCGAAUGUGCAGCACCAGCAUCAGUAACUUUGAGGAGGCCAGGACCAGCUACGGCACAGACGAGGAUAUCCUCUUUGUCUACUUGGAUAGCUGACAGCAGGAGCUUGGUGUGCCCAGGCCCUCAGACCCCACCCUGCCCGGCCCUAGCUGGGCCCACUCAGGAGGCCCUGGCCCAGGCGCAGGGCUGCUGGGGCUCGGAUGCAGAGCUUCGGCCUCAGGCCAUGUGACAAAACCCCAGGGAACUCUGGGAGGCUGCAGCACACCUGAUUCAUCCACCAGUGGUGAGUGUCAUCAUGCCACGUACCCCCUACACCUGCUGGUUGCUGGAGACAUCCCCAGAUCUUCCAAGCAGAGCUUCCCCCAACUGUGCCCAGGGGAUAUCCAGCCCUGAGGGUGCCCUUAUUGCCCGCAAGCCAGACCCAAGGCCAGGGGAGAGGCCUGAGGUCGUCUCCCCACAGACCUGGGGACUGAAUCCUGUAGAGAGAUGUUGCCCGUCAGGACAGCAUCUGUGUGUUUAGCCUUGCUGGGAGCUGUCCUCACCUUUCUCCCUAGGAGUGCUGCAGAGCCCUCAAGUUCCCAUGGCUGGUUGCAAGGCCUGUGGCCCCUGGGGAGGGCUGGACCUUAGGCAGAAAGGAUUUUGAGGCCCCUGCAGCACUCCAGGCACUGCAGCUCUAUAGGGUUUAGACAGGACCCUGGUUCUUAUUGGCCCACAGUGCCAAGUGUACUCAGGAAAGCCUGACCCAGAGGGCCAGGGACAGCUGCCUGGGCCCCAAAGAUCCUCCCCCUCAACCAGGAGGCCUGCUAACACUAGCCUAAGUCCCAACAGUGGGGCCAUCCUCUGAGUACAGGUCACCCUAAGUCUUACAGGACUGGGUGCUGGGGCACUAGGGCUUGUGCUCCUCAAGCAAUGGUUGGGGGGGCAGGCUGUGGCCUCCCACCCACCCGGUGUUCAUGCCACGACCUUUUACACAGAAUAUUGGGUCUCUUCUGUCUUGAUAGAGAAGGUGGUGUCUGCCCAGGGUCACACAGCACAGCAUGGAGCAUGGACUAGAACUAUUGCCUUCUUUUCUUUUCUUUUUUUAGGGGCAGGGGUGGUUUAUUUGAAAUUUAAAUUUUCACUUUUGGGGGUGAGAAUCACCCUCAAGAUAAUAAUAGUGAGAUUGCAGGUACUUUGGAACCACUGACACCUCUCUUCACUAGGCAGAUGAGCCAGUUCAGGUUCUCACAGAGAAGACGACUCCCAGCUGGCGAGCUGAGUGCCAGAGCCCUUCACCUUGCAGACAGAAUCUGGCCCAAUCUGGGGAGAGUUUGCCCAGGAGACUGACUGGUAGAGCUGGGUCUUGAACCCAGGUCUGCACCUAAAAAAUAAGGGAAGUGGAUCAUUCCCAAAGGGGCUGGGAACAUGCACUCACCCUUCAUGGGCUGCCUCUGGCAAAGCGGCAGGGGUGCCCCAACAGCCCCACUACUCCUGCACCCCUGCGUCUUUGUCUUCCAGUGCCCAAGGCAUGAUGCGAUGGCAGCUGCUGCCCUUCCCCCGAACUGCAAACCAUGCUCAGCAUCUGUCCCCACCCACCAGCUGUCCCCUCCCCACGAAGGCUGCUCUUAGGGGCAGAGGUGGGCUCUGCAUAUCAGGGCUCUCAGACCUCACCCAGCGGUAUUGCUCAAUACCAGCCAUAGCCUUGGCAGAGAGAGAGGCGCUGUAGCUGGGCAGCCACCCUGAGUGUAAGACUAGUGUUGUCUUCAGACUUGUCUCAUCUCUGUUGCCUUAAUGCUGCGUGGUCCAGGAUCCCAGGGAGCUCUGGCUCCAUGCCCAGGAGUACCACAUGUGACAGCUGUGGGCUUUGGGUGUCCUCAGGAGGGGUCUGAGUAAAAUUGUGGUGAAGAUAGAUGUACCAAGGAAAACAGGAAGUGAAGCUUUCAGAAUGGCUGAGUGUGAGUGAGGCACGGUGCACAUGCCUGUGGGGCUGUCAUGGAAAGCAGCCUCCAGGAGAGUGGUCACAGCUCCUCAGUCUAUCAUGCGACAUUUAAAAAAACGCUCAGUCCCUGGGCUUGGAGGAUGGCUUCUCAGGGCUAGCCAUGUUAGAAGUCACCUGUCUGGAAGAUUGACAAGAAAGCUGCCUGCCCUGGGAUGGUGAUGUCUUACUGGGGAGGGUCACGGAGGCAGGAUGCAAAUCAUGCUCUAUUGUGCAAUGAGAAAUCAUGGAAAUGGGGCUGGAGAAAAAGCCUCAUCAGGAACUUCUGCCUACACACAUGGCACCCACGACCCCCUUUCCACAAGCUGGGGGUCCAGCACAGCCCCCAAAUCCACAGUGGACAGUUGGCUUUGUUCACUCCAGCCACACGGGGACAAAGGGAUCUUUUGCAUUGCAGAGAUUUUAUACGUAAAUAUAUUUUGUUUGUAAUGAGCCAUUCUCAAUAAACGUUAUUCUCACUGCAAAAUGAUGGAA